CAAAUUUCGGACAAAGUCUAUUGCUCAAGGUCAACUGUGCUUUCACAAGUCUAUGCGAUUUGAUCAUUCUCUUAUAUUUUCUGUGAAUUUUUGCUCUGAAUUAGUGUCAUUUGAUCUAAAAUCGGUGAAGAAAGUGAUCUGAAACAAUCUGUUUGAUUCCUGAUCCAAUGUCGCUUGUCGAGAUCUCUGGCGCUGAUGCCGUGGUGGCGCCUAUGCGUGGAAGAGUACCACUACCACCACCACCUCCUCCUAUGCGUAGAAGAGAACCACCACCUCCUAUGCGUAGUAGAGUACCACCACCUCCUCCUCCUAUGGGUAGAAGAGUACUACCACGUCCUCUGAUAUGUCCAGGAGCCCCACCUCCACCUCCACCUCCACUUCCGAUGUUUGGUGCCUUAAGAGCUAAGGGUGAUCCUAAGGAUCCAGCUAAAAAAAAGUCCUCCCUGAAGCGCUUACACUGGGUUAAAAUAACAAAGGCUUUGCCUGGGAGCUUAUGGGAUGAGUUACAGAGACGACAAGCAUGCCGCGAUACCGAGGAUGAAAAGAUUUUCUGUGCAACAGAACAUGAUGUAUCAGAAAUAGAGACCCUUUUCUCUCUUGGGGCAAAACCAAAACCUAAAAAAGUUCCACUGAUUGACAACCUUUGGAGAGCUCACGACACGGAAAUUAGGCUAAUGUUAUUAAAUAUUCGGCUGCCUGAUCUGAUGGCUGCAAUCAUGGCAAUGGAUGAGUCUGUACUAGAUGUUGAUGAAAUAAGGAAUCUUAUAAACCUUUUCCCAACCAAGGAGGAUAUGGAGCUUCUUAAGACCUACACUGGUGACAAGGGGACCGUGGGAAAGACGGAGCAGUACUUCCAAGAGCUAAUGAAGGUGUCACGAGUAGAAUCAAAGCUGAGAGUAUUUUCCUUCAAGAUUCAAUUUGCCACUAAGAUAACAGAAUUAAAAAAAAGGUUAAGUGUGGUAGAUUCUGCUUGUGAGGAGGUCCGUUCUUCACAAAAGCUAAAAGAAAUUAUGAAAAAGAUUUCUUCCCUAGGGAACACAUCGAACCAAUGUGUUGCAGUGGGAUACAAGUUGGACAGUUUAAGUGUUAAACGCAUGCAUUAUUUUUGCAAGGUCAUUGCUUCCGAGGCAUCAGAUCUACUUGACGUCCAUAAGGAUCUUGAAAGUCUUGAAUCAGCUUCAAUGAUACAAUUGGAGUCUUUGGCUGAGGAAAUGCAAGAUAUAAUCGAAGGAUUGGAAAAACUGAACCAGGAGCUUACUGCAUCCGAAACUGAUGGUCCUGUUUCUCAAGUUUUUAGAUAUUUUGAUUUGAGAUUAGUUCCGGAUCCUAAAAACCUAGUUUUAUGUAUUUGAUAACAGACAUUGAAGGACUUCAUUUCCAUUGCUGAGACUCAAGUGGCAACUGUAUUGAGUCUUUACUCUGUCGUGGGAAAAAAUGCUGCUGCACUUGCCAUCUAUUUUGGCGAGGAUCCUAACCGUUGUCCAUUUGAACAAGUUACUAAGACCCUCUUUGACUUUAUAAGAUUGUUUAAGAAAGCACAUGAAGAGAAUGUCAGGCAAGCGGACUUGGAGAAGAGGAAAGCCGCUAAGGAAACGAAAAUGAAGCAUGUGAAAGGAGUCACUCUCACAAGAAAAGUGGUUCAUAAUAGCUUGAUCGACCUGAGGAGAGCCUUUAACAUAGAAAUUAUGCUUCGGAAAGUAAAGAUGCCGCUGCCUGAUAUAAUGGCUGCACUUCUAGCAAUGGAUGAGUCUGUACUAGAUAUUGAUCAAAUAGAGAAUCUUAUAAGGUUUUGCCCAACAAAGGAGGAGAUGGAGCUUCUUGAGAGCUAUAGUGGUGACAAGGCAACCUUGGGAAAGUGUGACCAGUACUUCCUAGAGCUUAUGAAGGUUCCAGGAGUAGAAUCGAAGCUGAGAGUGUUUUCCUUCAAAAUUCAAUUCGGCACUAAGAUCACAGAACUCAAUAAAGGUUUAAAUGUGGUAAAUUCUGCAUGUAAGGAGGUCCGUACUUCCGAAAAGCUAAAAGAGAUUCUGAAAAUUAUUCUCUGCUUGGGGAACAUAAUGAACCAAGGAACUGCCAAGGGCAGUGCAGUGGGAUUCAAGCUGGACAGUUUAUUGAUAUUAAGCGACACACGUGCUGCUAACAGCGAGAUGACUCUCAUGCAUUAUCUUUGCAAGGUCCUUGCUUCCAAGGCAUCAGAUCUACUAGAUUUCCAUAAGGAUCUUGAAAGUCUUGAAUCAGCUUCAAAGAUACACUUGAAGUUGUUAGCUGAGGAAAUUGUAGCUAUAACCAAAGGAUUGGAAAAACUUAACCAUGAGCUCACUGCAACCGAAAGUGAUGGUCCCGUUUCUCAAGUUUUCCGUAAUUUAUUGAGAGACUUCAUAAUUAUGGCUGAGACUCAAGUAGCAACGGUAUCGAGUCUUUACUCCACCGUGGGAAGAAAUGCUGAUGCACUUGCAAACUAUUUUGACGAGAGUCCUAACCAUUAUCCAUUUGAAAAAGUUGCCGCGACACUCUUGAGUUUUAUAAGGUUGUUUAAGAAAGCACACGAAGAGAAUGUCAAGCAAGCGGAGUUGGAGAAGAAGAAAGAACGAGUCAGUCUCGAAAAAAAAGGAUGCGGAGUUGGAGAAGAAGAAAGCUGCCUUAUAUAACUGACUAUAGUGUGGUAACUCAGAUAUUUUGCGGUGAUAUAAACAAGUGAUGUAAAUAUUUUCACUGCUUGGUGUUGUCAAUAUGUGUGGGUUGCAAAGAAAAACAAAGAAAGAUUUGCAUACAAAAAUGAUGUCAGUGUUUGUAACAAUCUACUAGAUUUUAACCCGCGGUACACCGCAUGA